AUGAUAGACUAUCUAUUGCGAAAUCGUUUGCCUAAGUCUGCAGAACUAAUCAAGAUGAUCCUAGAAAAGACGCUCUUGGCAAGAUUGGGUAUGUGGGGCGUUGAAAUUUUGAGGAUGGAUUUGACCGGGCGGAUCGAAUCUGCGGAAUGGGACGGUGAUGUCACAAGCAGACAAAAUGUUCUCGAAAGCAUCAUCCAAAGAUCUGAAUUUUAUGGAAUGAUCCAAGUGACUUCGGUGUUGGAACUUGCCCUUUGGAAGAAGCAGAAGGUGAACACUGCCCACCUAUCGGAGACGAAGCGAGCAGUUAUCGAUCGCGAGGGCCGUCGAACGACGUGUGGGGCAAAUGUGGUAAUCCCAGCGGUGUUGGCAAAAAUAAUUCUAAUCGGCUACCAGUUGGUCAUGCUGCAAUUUCAAUGUUGGAUUAUAAUGCAUCCUGGAUGA